AUGCCCUGCGUGCCUGCCGUGAGCCAGCAGAGGGCGCACGAGGAAGCUGCACCCCCACAUUCCACAUCCAGACUGCAGCAUGGGGAUCCCUGGCUGGGGUGGGGGCAGCAGGGCCUGCCUGAGGAGGAACCCCCGCACCUGCUCAGUCCAGGUGCACAGCCCUCCUGGCCUGGUCUGCUCUCCCCCAGGGUCACCCACCCUGAGUUGGAGAGGUUGGAGAGAUGGGCAUCAAUCAGGAACUCUGGAGGGACACCAUCCUUCCAGAGGCUCGAGGCUCUGGGGCCCCCGCUGGAAGGGAGCCCGCCGCCUCGCACAAACAACAGGAAGCUGAUACUCUAA